CCUCCCCCCUCGCAUCAACAACUCGCUGAGACGAGAAGCAAAAUGGCCGCCAGUAAGCUAGCCGAGCACACAGCGCCUGACAGUCAUCGGGAGGUUCUGCACGGCGUUCUGUUUACAGUCUGAGGAGCGGGAACUCGCAGCGAAGGACUUCUACGACUUCGCAUCUCCUUUUUCACGAACCAACGUUUCGCCUUUCCACGAUGUCGUUUAUUAUUCAAUUCAACCGCGAAGAGCUAGCUCGCCGCGCUAGCUAGACCUGCUAGCGCUUUACGAUCUGCACGAAUUUUCUGCACCGAAGCACUUUAUGUUUAACGUGAUUCCUGAGACGGGAGAGUCAGGACAGGGAACAGCAGUUCAUGGAAGACAAAAAAAAGAAGAAAGAGGAUAAAAAGAAAAGGGACUCCUUUCAGAAGGUGCCAGACCCAAAAAUAAAAGCAGAACUCCCAGCAUGCACUGCUGUGCCCCGGCGGACCUGGGCCGUAGGGAUCCUGAAACGGGCCCUCUGGGACAUUGAAACAGUGCCAGAAGCAGCCAAGCCCUCCACCAUCCAGCCGCCCUCCACCCCGGGCCCCGCCCCCCCCACCUCCUCCCCCGGCGGCGGUCCUGGUGCGUCCCUGCCUGCUCCCGACGGCGGGAACAAUGUUAAGCAGCGGGCUGCUGUGGCCACCGGACAGCCCUCCUCCGCCUCCUCUAACUCCUCCUCCUCCUCCUCCUCCUCUUCUGGGAGCCAGGCGACGUCGACGGCCCAGCGCUACAUCCCCCGUGAGGUGCCCCCGCGCUUCCGCUGCCAGCAGGACCACAAAGUGCUACUGAAGAGGGGCCAGCCGCCCCUGUCCUCCAUGCUGCUGGGGGGCGGCUCAGGGGGAGGAGGUGCUACUCCUCCUCCGCUCUCCUCUCAGUCGGGAGAAACCCCCCCAACAGCUGGACCCAUAGAUCUGAACACCGGUUCAUCCUACUCCUCCUCGCCAUCCAUCGCUGCUGCUGCUUCUUCUACUACUUCGUCUUAUGCAAAUUCCACUUGGGGGGCAGGCUCUGGCAGCCAACCCCCCUCUCAGGGCUGGGAGAAGGUGAUCGUGGACGGGACUGACCUGGAGGCGUGGCCGAGCAUCCUGGGCGGGGCAAAGCCGGGGUCGGGUGGGGCGGGGGGCGGGGCAAGCAGGGAACCGGAUCAUGCGCCCAACAGCAGUGCCUCAUGGAAUGAGAGGAACGUUCAGCAGAAGGGAGGGGCUGAGGUCGGGGGUGGCGACCGCCCCUCCUCGCCUCACUCCUCCUCACCCCCAUCUCCCCCUCCCCCCUCAUCGUCAUCGCUCGCUGAAUGUGCGGGAGGCUCCCCGUGGGGCUCCUCCCCUUCGGAGUCCGGGACAGGAAGUGAUGUGCUUUACAACUCCAACGUGUCCCAUCUGGGCCCAGGCUCUCAGAAGAGCCCUGGAGGCAGCUGUAGUAGUAGUGGCGGUGGUGGGGCGCAGGCCACGGGCCCGGGCUUCAGCCCCAGCACCAACCCCUCCGCCUGGCCCGCCCUGGGGCCGGAGCAGACCCAGGGCCCCGUAGAGGGUCUCCGCCUGUCCACCAGCCCUCUCCCUCCGUCCUCUGGGAGCCAGCCAGGCCUCCAGCAGCAGCAAUCUGAGGGGCCGGGGGCGGGGGUCACCGGGGUUGGGGAGCCCUGGGGCGGGGCCGAGCGGGGCCCUCAGAGGGGGGCGGGCACCGGCGCGACGGGGCCAGGACCAAAUCAAGGAGGCGGUGGAGACGGGGGCGCCAAUCGAUCGGGCUCCUCCUCCUCGUCCUCCUCCUCCUCGUGGCGGACCAUGCCUCCGACCUCCUCCUCCUCGGAGGUCACCGUGGGAGCCUCCCCUGGCGACGGCUGGGGGGGCGGGGGGCAGAGCCAGGGCGACACCACCGGCUGGGGCCAGCCUGCCAGUCAGGGCGACACCACCGGCUGGGGCCAGCCUGCCAGUCAGGGCGACACCACCGGCUGGGGCCAGCCUGCCAGUCAGGGCGACUCGACGGGCUGGGGCCAGCCUGCCAGUCAGGGCGACUCGACGGGCUGGGGCCAGCCGAGUGACAGUAGCUCCAACGCUCCUGGGGCAUCUCAGGGAGCUGGGGAGGGUGGGGGUACGGGAGAGUCAGGGUGGGGGGGCUCUGGAAACACUGCAAUAGGAACUGGAGGGAGCGCCCAGCCCGGGGGGCGGGCCGGGAGCAGCAACAGCAGCAGCAGUAGUGGAGGGAGUGGCGGUGUCGGGGGCGGGGCUUUGCAGGACUCCGCCUCUCCGGCGGUUGCAAGCGGGGCGAAGGCCUGGGACAAUCAGACGGCGGAGGAGAAGAGCGCGGAGAGAGGGAGGGCGGAAUGGGGAGGAGCAGGGGAAGGCGGGAGGACGGCUGGCGUAGGAGGCGGAGUCACAGGAGAUGGGAGUGGCGGAGGCGGAGCACCUAACCAGAAGACAGACGGCUCCGGAGGCCCCGCCUCCCAGCCGUCGCCCAACGCUGAAGUGGCCUUAAAGAGCAUGCUGAGUCGCUCGGACCUGGACCCGAGGGUGCUGUCCAACGUGGGCUGGGGCCAGACCCAGAUCCGGCAGAACGUGGCCUGGGACAUGGAGGCCUCUGCCGCAGCCGCCGCCGCCGCCGCAGGGGGAGGAGAAGGGGGCGGGGGAGGAGGAGGGAAGCUCAAAGACAAAAGCUCCUCGUCGUCCUCGUCCUCGUCCUCGUCCACCAUCACGACGCGCGGCUCCGGGUAUUCUGGGGCCAACGCGGGUCCGAAGGCCACCGAGCCGCCGACUGGCGGCGGCAGCAGCUCGGGUCCCGGGCCCAAGAGGGACGGCUGGGACGGCGCCGGGGCCCACCAGCCCGGCCGGGGGCCCCACAUGGAGGCUGGGAACCGGAGGAAGGGCGGGUCGCCGCCGGAGGGGGGCAGCGAGGGGAACCCGGCCAAGAACGCCGGAGGCUGGGGGGGACUGGCCCCCGAGAGCCAGGGGAAACCCUGGGGGGGCGAGGAACCACAAGAACGGAGGGACCACAGAGGAGGUGGAGGAGGCUGGAGAGAUGGUGGAGAACAGGGUAGAGGUGGGUGGGGAGGGCCUCCUCCAGAGAGCAAAGGAGCGGGAGGAUGGAAGGAUGGGCCUGGGGGUGGGGGUGGUGGUGGGGGAGGAGGAGGAGGAGGGGGGGGAGGCGGGGGGAGAGACUGGGGACAGCGGGACUCCAAACCAGGAGGGAUGUGGGGAGAGGGGCGUGGCGGCGGCAGGAUGCACUCUGACGAAGGCCCGUCCUGGGGGGACGACGGUGGGCCUCAGAGAGGAGGUUGGGGGGGAGGGGACGCUGGAGGAGGAGGAGGAGGAGGUGGUGGGGGGAGCAAGCCCCACCAGGAGUGGGGGGGUGGCAAGCCCCACGGCCCGCCAGCACAGACCCCAAACAGCCAGGUGGCCCCCAUGAAGGCCCCCAAUCAGCAGCACCAAUCACAAGGCCAGCAGCCCGCCAUGGCCGGGGGCUGGGGUGGACGUCCGGGCGCCGGCCCGCCUCCGCCCUCCAAGAGCCAGAACCAAAGCCCGGGCUGGACGGCGGGGCCGGUCCCCCGGGCGGCCGGGCCAGGGGCCGGGGGGGUGGACUCCGCGGAGUCCAGCGGGUGGGAUGAGCCGUCCCCCCAGUCCAUCAGCCGCAAGAUGGAGAUCGACGACGGGACGUCCGCCUGGGGCGACCCCCAGCGCUACAGCAACAAGAACGUCAACAUGUGGGACAAGAACAGUGGCUCUGGCGGCCAGGGGUCUGGAGGACCCGGUCCAGGGGGCCCGGGGGGGCACGGCCCGCAGGGCCCCUCCCCUCCCAACCCCCAGCAGCCCCCCAGACGCCAGCCCCCCAGCAGGGAGUCCGGCAACGGUGGAGUGGGUAUGUGGGGCAAAGGAGGCGGACAGCCGGAGGACGCCAAUGCGGGUGGCUGGGGUCAGAGUUCAUCAUCGUCGCCCUCGGCAGCGCCCGCUGGCUGGGGAGACCCUGAACCUGAGCCAGGGAAGCCGUCCGGUUGGGGGAACCCCUCCGCCAAUCCCGGCAAGCCAGGCCCCAAGUCAGGGGAGGGCUGGGGGUCAAAGGGCGAGGGGCCCGUGGCCGCCUCCCGCCACUCCAGCUGGGACGAGGAGGAGGAGGGGGGCGUCUGGAACAGCGGGGGGUCCCAGGGAGGCUGGGCCCACGGCCACGCCGGAGCCAGGGGCCACGUCAAGGGGGGCCGUGGCGAGAGCUGGGGUAAUCCGAUGUCGCGGCAGUUCGCCAACAUGGGCCUCCUGGGUGACGAUCCAGGCUGCGACAAGAAAAUGGAUCCAGACAAGAGAGGGAUGAGUGACUACAACGGAGAGAUGCGGAGAGGAGGAAGAGGAGGAGGAGGAGGCUACCGCAUGCCUGGCUCUAAAGACAUGGCGCCUGGGGACAUGGGUCACUAUGGAGACAAGAUGAGUGGUCAUGGGGGGUACGGCGGUGGAGGAGGUGGGGGCGGUAUGCCUCCGUCACGAGGCAUGCACCAGCCCGGGGGCCAUCCCAUGACCCCCAACCAGGGUCUACGGGCCCCUGUGCCCCAUCAGUACAUGUCUGCCCAGGUCCCAGGGUCCAUGAUGAAGCAGAUGCCGUCGCCUGGCAACAGCCUUGGCGGGGGAGGUGGGGUGGGUGGGGGAGGAGGAGGAGGAGGAGCAGGAGGACUGUUCCCCCCUCAGCUGUCCCCGCAGCAGUUGGCCAUGUUGAGCAACAUCUACCCUCACGUCCAGCAGUUUCACCUGGCGUGUCAACUCCUCCUGCAGCAGCAGCAACAGCAGCACCAACAGCAACAGCAGCAGCUGUUGCAGAACCAGAGGAAGUUCCCCCAGCCCCUCCGCCAGCAGACCGACCCCCAGCAGUUGGCCAGGCUCAUGGCCGUCCUUCAGCAGCAGAGACAGCAGCAGGGUGGGGGGGGAGGAGGGGGGAGCUCCAAGCUGUCUCCCUCCCACCUGGGGGGAGGAGGCCUCCCCAAGCAGUCCAUGGACCCUCUGGGUCACCCCGGGGGCGUAGGGGUCUCCCUCUCCGACUUCCACGCUAAGACCCAGGCCAUGUACUCUGGUCUGGCGCCGGGGGGGAACCUGUCGGGCCUGGACCUGGGCCAGGGCGGGGGUCCGGGGAUGAAGGACCCAGGUGGGGGGCAGCAGUCUCGCUUCAAGUGGAUGAUGGAGGGCCACUCGCCCUCCUCCCCCUCGCCGGACGCCAUCGCCGCGAUGCACAAGAACGGCCCCAUACCCAACCCCAUGAAGAACAGAGGAGGCUCCCCGUACUCCCAGUACGAGAUGAUGGGCCCCGAGGGCCUGGGCCUCCCUCCCCAGGGACCCAUGGACCACUGGCACCGCAGCCCCGGGACCAAGAUGCCCCACAAGCCGGGCCCCCCCAGCUGGCCCCCAGAGUUCCAGCCCGGCGUGCCCUGGAAGGGGAUCCCGAGCGCAGGGGACCCCGAGUCCGACCCCUUCAUGACCCCUGGCAGUGUGAUGAACCCCCCGGGCCCGCAGAGCCUGCAGGAUUCUGACCACCCGCUCCUCCGUGACAACACUGGGCCAAACUGCUCCCUCCCCACCUCGCUGCCUUCCUCCGGUGCCUGGCCUUACAGUGCCUCCGACGGCCCCCUGGCCAACGCCCACAGCUCAGCCAAGUACUCGGAGUACAAGCCCAGCUGGCCCCCAGAGCCCAUCGGACACAACAAGCUGUGGAAGACCAAUCGCAUCAGCUCUCAGCUGCCACGCCCGCCCCCAGGAUUAUCCAGUCAGAAGCAGGCUCAGCCCUCCCCCUGGGGCAGCGGAGGCCCCCGAUUGGCCAGGGGAUGGGGAGGGGGUGGAGGAGGGGGAGGAGCAAGCCAGGACUCCCGAUUCAGUCAAGGCUCGGCAUGGAGUGACGGUUUGGCCUCAAGAGGAAGCUGCUGGCUGUUGCUGAGCAACCUGACCCCUCAGAUCGACGGCUCCACGCUGCGGACCAUCUGCAUGCAGCACGGCCCCCUGCUCACCUUCCACCUGGGCCUGACCCAGGGCAGCGCGCUGGUCCGCUACAGCAGCCCCCAGGAGGCGGCCAAGGCCCAGGGCGCACUGCACAUGUGCGUUCUGGGGAACACCACCAUCCUGGCUGAGUUUGUGAGCGAGGAGGAGGUCGCUCGGUAUUUUGCACAUUCUCAGGCCGGUGGGGGCGACGGGGGGCCCGCCGGCUCCGCCCCCGGGGGCCCCCAGGGCUCGUCAGGACCGGGCCCCUCAGUGGCUAGCAGCGGGGGCAGCUCCCCGGGCAGCGAGCGGGGGCCGGCCACCCCUGGAGGAGGUGGUGGAGGUGGUGGAGGAGGAGGAGGUGGAGGAGGUGGGGGGUCGGUUCUCUCCACUGGCUCCGGUUGGCAGAACCUGGACGGCAGCGGCAGCUCCUCAGAGGGGUCCGGGGCCCCGGGGCCCGGCCUGGGCGUGUUCUCCCAGUGGAGCACCAACGGGACCGCCGAGGGGGCGGGGCCCGGGGGGGCGGAGCCUGGGGGCCGGCCAGGGAUGUGGGGGGCCGUGACGGUGGGGUACCCCGGCGGUGGUGGUGGUGGCGGCGGCGGCGGCAGCAUGUGGGGGACCCCGCAGAUGGAAGAGAGGCACCAAAUGGACAACCCAGCGGCGCUGUUGCCAGGCGACCUGCUGGGGGGCGGGGCAGACUCCAUCUGACUCCGCCCUGGUAUUUAAAUGUUUAGGUUUAGGAGACACGUUGUCACAGCAUACACUGGGAAACAUAUGUUCUUUCUAUAGCAUACACGACAACGGAAACACUUACUCUGUAUGCAUAUUAAUGUAAACACACACUUUGCGUACGCGUACAUGGUAUGCAAGUCAAUGUAGACAUGUUUAGCUGAAAUGUGAGAUAUGCUUACACACAUUCUCGUGGCCAGAUUUAAGCUAUUAUCUAAAUCCAUGCAGGGACUGUUAGAUGUGUGUAUGUGUGUGUGAAUGUGUGUUUGUGUGUGUGUGUGUGUGUGUGUGUGUAUAUGUGUAUAUAUAUAUACAUGCAUACAUACAGCCUUUUUUUUUCACAGAUGAAGAUUUCAACUGCUUAGACUUGAACCUGUAACCGAAUGAGUGGGGACCUGGUCUCAAAGGCCGGACCCCGAUACGGACUGCAACGUCCUCUGAUAUUAAGAAAAAAAAAAAAAAGGGGGGGGGGGAUCUUUUCAUACAGAUUUACAUACACGUGCACACACACCAAAUGCAGAGGCGCCCGGCGGCAAGACGCAGCCGCGGUGGGCGGGGUCACCAGCAUCCACGGAAGAGACAUGAAACUGACACGACGACGUGAGGUGAACUCGCCGUUUGUGUUUCCUUUUCAAAAGAAAGAAAAAAAAAAAAAAAACGGAGAUUAACUGCAUCUUACUGUGUAUGUGGGUCGUCCGUUCUCCUUUUCGUUUGUACGUAUGGUUUUCAUUUUUUGGACAUUUUUGAAAAAGUGGAAAUAUUGGAAAAAUGUGUUUUUUUUUGUUUUGUUUUUCAAGAAGCUGACCUCUUACUGUUGUCUCUCGUAUUCUCUCUCAAUCACGUUUGUUACUGUUGCGAUAAUGAAAGUUUAAAUUGCUGGCGGUUCGAGGCCAUGGCGUUGUGUUUCUCCCCGUUGGUCGUCUGACGCACACACAGGCGGUGGUUGUUUUUCUUGUUUUUCGCAAGUGAGUUUGAGACCAAGUUUUGUGGAUUUAAAAGAAACCCACAGUCGUUUGUGUGACUGAGAUCAUUUCGACAUGCGGUUGACGUGUGCAUGUUAACACCCGGUCCUACGUGUGUGUGUGUGUGUGUGUGUGUGUGUGUGUGUGUGUGUGACGAUGGCUGCUUACUUUACAGAAGGUCUAUUACGAAAAAAACGUUUUUUGAGUGUACUCUGUAUACCGCUGUGUGUUCAACAAUUAUUGGCACUAAGGCUUUUUUCUCAUUUAAGUUGAGUGUUUUUUAGCGGAUUUUUUUAUUGUCCAAAAUGCAAUAAUAAAAAAAAGAUAAUUUUAUUGACAAACGAACUGAGGGCAUCUGCUUUUGAGAUAAAGGACAUGCCAAAUGUUAUCAAACUGUGUGGUGUGGUCGGGACGGGUGUGGCGCGUGUUUACAGACGCUCCAAUAGUUACCGUUUGUUUUUAUGUUCCGUUGUGUAUUGGUUUUAAAUUAAGGCAGGCUGUCACACUCCUGUCCAGUGUUUUUUCUUUUUUCCUUUUGAGAUUUUACAAAGAAGAAAUUUAUUUAAACAAAUGAGAACAAGAUUAAUAAUAAAGUUGAAAGUAUUGGCUUCUA